UAAUAUCUAUUUUCUGCUGCGUCCUCAGCCGACGAUAUUCCUCUAACAAAGCCACUGUUAUAUAGCUUGUGGUCCCCCCGCCGCCGCCCGCGUGUAACAGCAAUUCGUUAUCCUCCCAAUAGACCAUAUAUAUCCUCCAAGGCCGCGAUGCUCCGAUCACGUCAGGCCGCUCGCGCCUUGAAGGCGUUGACUGAGGCGCAACAGAUCUCCCAGCGUACCACCCUCUCUGCCUCCCAGAGGGCCGCUGUUCUUCUCACAACCCGCUCCGUGCAAACGAGGAAUCAAUCCACUGCCGCCGCCGCGACGAGACCUACCCCUAGCCAACAUUUCCAGCCUGAGCCUACACCUAGCAAUGUUCAGCCUCUGGUGGGGCGCAAGCCCGACAUGGACGAGUCCUUCAUCGGCAAGACCGGUGGUGAAAUCUUCCAUGAGAUGAUGCUCAGACACGGCGUGAAGCACAUUUUCGGCUAUCCUGGCGGUGCCAUUCUCCCCGUCUUCGAUGCCAUCUACAACUCUCCCCAUUUCGAUUUCGUCCUCCCCCGCCACGAACAAGGUGCUGGUCACAUGGCUGAGGGUUAUGCCCGUGCUUCUGGCAAGCCCGGUGUCGUCCUCGUCACCUCCGGUCCCGGUGCCACCAACGUCGUUACCCCCAUGGCCGAUGCCCUUGCCGACGGUACUCCCAUGGUUGUCUUCUCCGGCCAGGUCCCCACCACCGCCAUUGGCAGCGAUGCUUUCCAGGAGGCCGAUGUCAUUGGUAUUUCUAGAGCCUGCACCAAGUGGAACGUCAUGGUGAAGAGUGUCGCCGAGCUUCCCCGCCGCAUUAACGAGGCCUUCGAGAUCGCUACUAGCGGCAGACCUGGUCCCGUCCUCGUCGAUCUCCCCAAGGACAUCACCGCUGGUAUCCUUCGCCGGGCCAUCCCCACCGACACCGCCAUCCCCACCAGUCCUAGUGCCGCCUCCCGCGCUGCCAUUGAGCUGAGCCGCAAGCAGCUCGAUGCCUCGAUCCAGCGUGUCGCCAAGCUCAUCAACAUCGCCAAGAAGCCCGUCAUCUACGCCGGCCACGGUGUUGUCCAGUCCAAGGGCGGUCCUGCGCUCCUCCGCGCCCUUUCCGAGAAGGCCUCUAUCCCCGUCACCACCACCCUCCACGGUCUUGGUGCCUUCGAUGAGCUCGAUGAAAAGUCUCUUCACAUGCUCGGUAUGCACGGUGCCGCCUACGCCAACAUGGCCGUCCAGGAGGCCGAUUUGAUCAUCUGCCUUGGUGGCCGUUUCGACGACCGUGUCACUCUUAACCUCAACAAGUUUGCCCCCGCUGCUAAGGCUGCCGCUGCCGAGGGUCGCGGUGGUAUCGUCCACUUCGAGAUUCUUCCCAAGAACAUCAACAAGGUCGUCCAGGCUACCGAGGCUGUCGAGGGUGAUGUUGCCACCAACAUCGAGCUCCUUAUCCCUCAGGUUGACGCCAAGACCAUGGCCGAUCGCAAGGAAUGGUUCGGCAAGAUCAACGAGUGGAAGUCCAAGUGGCCCCUUUCCGACUACGAGCGCGCCGAGCGCACCGGUCUGAUCAAGCCCCAGACCCUCAUCGAGGAGCUCAGCAAGCUCACCGAGGGCCGCAAGGAGAACACCUACAUCGCCACCGGUGUCGGCCAGCAUCAGAUGUGGACCGCUCAGCACUUCCGCUGGCGCCACCCCCGUACCAUGAUCACCUCCGGUGGUCUCGGUACCAUGGGCUUCGGUCUCCCCGCCGCCAUCGGCGCCAAGGUUGCCAAGCCCGAUGCUCUUGUCAUUGACAUCGACGGCGAUGCCUCCUUCGGCAUGACCCUCACCGAGCUCUCCACCGCUGCUCAGUUCAACAUUGGCGUCAAGGUCAUCGUCCUCAACAACGAGGAGCAGGGCAUGGUUACGCAGUGGCAGAACCUCUUCUACGACGACCGCUACUCGCACACCCACCAGAAGAACCCCGACUUCGUCAAGCUUGCUGAUGCCAUGGGCGUCCAGUCUAAGCGCAUCAUCAAGCCCGAGGAGGUCGUCGAGGGUCUCAAGUGGCUCAUCGACUCGGAGGGCCCCGCCCUUCUCGAGGUCGUCACCGACAAGAAGGUUCCCGUCCUCCCUAUGGUCCCUGCCGGCUGCGGUCUGGAUGAGUUCAUCACCUUCGACCAGGAGCGUGACAGGAAGCGUCGUGAGCUGAUGGUCAAGCGCACCGGUGGUGUCCACGGUCUAUAAACGUUUUAUCGUUCGCUGCGAUUUGGAUCUAUUCCAUAUGGCGGUGAAGAUGGAUAACUUGUGGUGUUGGUCAAAAAUGGGGAUUUUCCUUUCGGCGUUUUACAAGCUCUAUGUCUUUUUUUA